AUGAACCAUUGUUUACUGAAACUGUUCUCCGGGUAUGUGUGUCCUUUUUUUCUCCUUCCGACGCCACCACCACCGCCGCCACCACGAUCGCCGUCACCGCUGCCACACUCACCAUCACCACCACCAUGGUCGCCGCCGAGGCAGCAGGAGUGGCACCUGCCACAAGCGCAGGUCGCGCAAGCGCUGCGGACCAUCGUGGUGGGGGGCGGCGGUGGCAUCAGCAGACGGUCACGUGGACGUGGCCCGCGCCCGAGGAGGCAGCAGAGGUGGCGGCGCCCACCGCCGUUGAACCCGCGCGAUCCGAGGGCCAAGUCGGCGAAACGCGUCGCGGAGACGGCCGAUCGCGAGGGGCUGGAGGUGACGACCGAGAAGGAACGCGAGGCCCAGGAGGGGCUGGAAAAGGGGCCAUGGGAGUGGCCAACACCGCCGGAGACGUCGCGGGACACGGCGCCACCCCCCGAAGCUGGCGCGGCAGACUUCGUGCCCGGAGUCGCGAGCCCCACCGGCGAGGCCGACGCUGCGGAGACAGCAGUCGGAGGGCGCGGAACCGUGGGCGGAGGUUCCGGAGGCGGAGUGGCCGGCGCGGGUGGCCGAAGAAGCGCAACGACAGCGAGGGAGGCAGAGGAAGGCCAGGUGGGCCAAGCUCGUGCUGGAGGAGGGACAGCGCUACCGAGUCAAGGUAGCAGGGGGCCGGGUGCGGGUGUUUAA